UCCCCCCUUCCUCUCCUUUUGUUAAACCCUUGUUCAAGCUCUUGAUUCAAUCAAUGUCUAAGCUCUUUAGAUUCGACGAGAAAACCAAAUUUGGAAGUAAUGAAGUGGAAAGCAGUUAAAAAAAAACAGGCAUCCCGACAAGGUUUCAUUUUAAAAGGUUGUUUUUGAAGCACAAAGAACUGGGUUCAUCUUAAAAUAUGGAAACGAAUUAUGUUCUUUUGGUGGGAUUUCUUCUGCUGCUAGUUGUUGUCGGUUGCUCUGGUAAUGAUUCAAAGGGAAAUGGCAAUGAAAAGACUGGUUUAGAUCGGAAUGUAGAUGGAAAAGAAGAUCCGGUUACAGAAAGAGUUGAUUCUGAAUAUAUUGCGGAUCGGAUUAAAGUUGAUGGAAGAGGUCAAAUUGAUGGAUCAGAGAAGGGUGUUGAUAAUGGUGCAAGUAAUGGGAAGGAAUCAAGUGGUGAAGUGAAAGGAAAUACGAACAGUGGGAAAGUUCACGGAGGAGAUCAAGUUGAUGGAUCAAAAGGGGGUGCUGAUAAUGAUGCAAGUAAGAGCGAUUUGGACCAGCAAUCCGGUUCGAAUGAAGGCAAGAAUUUGAUAAAGGAUGGGAAAGAAUCGAGUGGUGAAGCAAAAGGAAAUAAGAGCAGUGGGAAAGAUAACAGAGGAGAUCAAAUUGAUGGAUCAGAAGGAGGUGCUGAUAAUAAUACAAGUAAGAGCGAUUUGAAUCAGGAAUCAGGUUCGAAUGAAGGCAAGGAUUUGAUAAAGGAUGGGAAAAAGUCAACUGGUGAAGCAACAGGAAAUACGGACAGUGGGAUAGAUAACGGAGGAGAUCAAAUUGAUGGAUCAAAAAGGGGUGCUGAUAAUGAAGCAAGCGAGAGCAAUUUGAACCACAAAUCGGGUUCAAAUGAAGGCAAGAAUUUGGUAAAGGAUAUGAAAACAUCCAAUGGUGAAGCUAAAGGAAAUACAAAUAGUGGGAAUAAUCAUGGAGGAGAUCAGAUUGAUGGAUCAGAAGGGGGUGCUGAUAAUGAUGCAAGUAAGAGCAAUUUGAACCAACAGUCAGGCUCGAAUGAAGGCAAGAAUUUGGUAAAGGAUGGGAAAGAAUCGAGUGGUGAAGCGAAAGGAAAUACAAAUAGUGGGAAAGAUCAUGGAGUAGAUCAAAUUGAUGGAUCAAAAGGUGUUGAUGAUAAUGAUGCAAGUAAGGGUGGUUUGAACCAGAAGUCGAGUUUGAAUGAAGGCAAGAAUUCAUUAAAGGAUGGGAAAGAAUCAACAAAUAGUAGGAAAGAUAAGGGAGGAGAUCAGGUUGACGGAUCAGGAAAGGGUCCAAAGAAAGUGAGCGAAGAGGAAGAUAUUAUACAGGGCUCAGUCCAACCACCGCCUCCGCUAACAAGGAAUGAUGGCUUUCAAGUUGCAGAAUGCGAUUCAUCUAAUAUGUGUAUGGAUAUGAAUAAAAGUUUUGCUGCCUGUUUGCGAGUUGCAGGCAAUGAUUCUCCCAAUCUGUUACUUCUGAUUCAAAACAAGGGAAAGGGAGCUCUAAACCUUAAGAUAUCUGCUCCUCCUUUUGUUCAGUUAGAGGAAAAGGAUGUUGAACUCGAAGAGAAUCAGGAUAAAAAGGUAAAGAUUUCCUUAAAGAGUUCCGGAACUGGAAACUUGAUUGUCUUGAAGGAUGGUACCGGAGAGUGCAGUAUUGAUUUCAAGGACUUGAUCCCUCAAAAUUCAGCCACGUCCUAUGUAAACUUCUUUUCACUAACCCCUACGACGGCCUUUAUAAUCGCUGCUACUAUUUUGAUUUUAGCGUCAUGUUGGAUGGGCAAGAGCUUUAGAUGGAAGCAAAUCGCCACUGGCCCGAAAUACCAAAGACUAGACGUGGGGCUGCCUGUAUCUAGUAAGGCAAAAAGAGAACCAGAGGUUGAUGAUGGUUGGAAUAACAGCUGGGGUGAUAACUGGGAUGACGAGGAGGCACCGGUGACACCUUCAAUGCCUAAAACUCCCAGCGUCUCCACCAAAGGACUUGCGUCGCGACGAUUGAGUAAGGAAGGAUGGAAGGACUAGCGUCGUUUUCGUUUACGUAAGCAGCCGAAACCCGAGUGAGGGGAGGAGGAACAAGAGGUGGUCUUUUUUUGUUUCUUAAAAUUCUCAAUUGGAAUGAAAAUGGAAACAAUAACAUGAUGGAGGGCUUCCAUGAUGAUAUUAAUGUAGCAUUUGAUCUAUUUUAUCUAACGAGUUCAGAUGGAUUAGAG